GAGAAGACUGCAAAGCAGCCCCGGGAUCUUUUUUCCCAGGCUGUCAGCAUUCUUGUCUGUCCAAGACGUUGGCUGCAGGAGCAACUGCCACCCUUUGUGAUCUCCAUAGCUUCGGGAACAGGAAACAGACCUCACACUUUCCAGAUCGCUUCCUCUUGCAGGAAAACUAUUUGUACGGGAAUGAUGAUGGCUGUUUCCGUCUCAGAAAAGGAUUGCAUCAACUUUGUGGAAAUGAAAUUUAUUGACAAUAUACUUUACUUUAUACCUGCAAGUGAUGAAAACCUGGAAUCAGAUUACUUUGGCAAACUUGUACCUAAAUUGUCAAUCAUACGAAAUUUGAAAAACCAAGUCCUCAUUGUUAACUGUGAGAAGCAACCCGUGUUUGAGGACAUGCCCGAUUCUGAUAUAGCAGGUAAUGCACCUCGGACUACUUUUAACAAAUAUACAUAUACAGAUAGCUGUGGUAGAGGUAUGGCUGUAGUAAUCUCUGUGAUGUGCAAUGGAAAGCAUACGCUCUCCUGUGAGGACAAAACCAUUUCCUUUAAGGAAAUCAAUCCUCCUGAUAAUAUCAAUGACACAAAAAGUGACAUCAUAUUCUUUCAGAGAUGUGUUCCAGGACAUGAUGAUAAGAUGCAAUUUGAGUCUUCAUUGUAUGAAGGAUACUUUCUAGCUUGUCAAAAAGAGAAAGACUUUUAUAAACUUAUUUUGAAGAAAAAGGAUGAAUUUGGAGAUACAUCUAUAAUGUUCACUGUCCAAAACAAAGACUAG